AUGACAGAACCUUUACAGACGACUACUAGUCGAGGCACUGAAUUAGAUUUGAAACCAUUCCCAUCAUAUCACAAUAAUAAUAACGAUACAGACGAUGAUAAUGACGAUAGCAGCAAUGAUCUGAAAGAAAGAGAAUCUCGUACUAGAACAAGAACAAAUUCUUUGAAAAUUUUACAAAAUGAACCAUACAAGGAUCACCGUCGUAGACGGUCCUCAAGUAUUAUAUCACAUGUGGAACCCGAAACAUUUGAAGAUGAAAACGAUCAAAAGGGUGUAUUGAAUAUGAAUGCAAAUUGGGUGGACCAACGUGGUGCUUGGUUAAUUCAUUUCGUGAUAAUUGCUUUAUUAAAAAUUUUUUUCAAUCUUUUACCAGGGAUCACUCCAAUUUGGUCCUGGACUCUAACGAACACAACCUACAUCGUCGGGUUUUAUAUUAUGUUUCAUUUAAUUAAAGGUACACCUUUUGAUUUUAAUGGUGGUGCAUUCGAUAACCUAACAAUGUGGGAACAAAUUGAUGAUGAAACUUUAUAUACACCUACAAGAAAAUUCUUGAUCAUUUUACCAAUAAUUUUAUUAUUAGUUUCAAAUCACUACGCUCAUUUCACUUAUAAGUUAUUCAUCUUUAAUUCUUUAAUUGUUUUAUUAAUUGGGGUCGUACCAAAAUUACCAUUAACUCAUAGAUUAAGAAUUUCAAUUCCAGGUAUUACAGGUCGUGCACAAAUUAGUUAA